CAACUUCAACCUCCAAGCCCAAAUCCUUCCACUCACUUCUCGCCAAUCACUCUAAUCACUCUAAUCAUAUGUAUGUCAGGCCUCCAAUCAACUUUUAUAGACGACCACCUAUUUUCUAGGGGUCUCAGAGCCACGUCUUUUCAGCCUAUAUUGAGAAGUAAUCAAAAAGCUGACACCACCCGCCCAUACAAUCUUCCACUUUGUUUAAGAUUCCCUUCCUUUGCUCGCCUCUGUCUAGACAGACAGUAAACGUUCUAUCAGGCAUGAGAGGUUGAAACCCAACUUCUCCCCGCCUUGUUCUCCGGCGACUUUAGUGCCAGCCUUCAGCAGUCAAGAUGGCUAGCCUGCAUCUCACGCCCUUUCUCGUCCAGCAUCCUUUUGCGACAGCUGCUCUAGUCCUCGUCUUCAUAUGCCUCUCGACCAGACUGAUAACUGAGCUGAAUUACCGCUCAACUUUGUCCAAGAUCAGGAGUUCUUCAGGGGCAACUGUUCCGGUCCCUAUAUUGCCCUACUGGAUACCAUGGCUAGGUCAUGGAAUUUCGUUUGCAAUUGGCGGUCCUCUCUGGAUUGAGAGCUUUGCUCGAAACCUCGAUCCAGCAUCAUCCACCUUUGCCUUGUGGAUGGCGGGUUCCAAGCACAACAUUCUUACAUCCCCCAGCUCGGCAAAGCAAACCCUUCUCGACAGGAAUGCUCCACUCACCAUGGAACCAUUUGUCUUUCACAUCAUGAAACACUUUUGGGACGACCGUGGUGGUUUGAAGAAGAUGGACCAGACCGCUCUCUGGGGUGACGUCCAUAAAGCCCUGACUAUCAUGGUCAGAGAAAGCUUUGUCACGGUGGCGAUCCGUGGUGCCGUAGAAGGUGUCCAGACCAAAACCUGGAAUCUCGUUUCUGGUGCACACAGCUACAUCGACCAAUCGGUCUGGGAGAGAUCCGGCAAGGUGGAGGUCAUCUCUGCCGGGGACAGCACUGGCACGAAUCCAUUCAUUGCUGAAGCCAGUCUUCACCCUUUACUUCGCGAAUUUGUCGGCGACAUCGCUACCAGAGUCUUCAUGGGCAACCAAUUUGCCGAAAACAAUCCAAACAUAUUGCCUGACUUGUGGAAAACGGACGGUCACUUCAAUUUAUUCAUCGCUGCCAUCCCCACUUGGCUCCCUGGCAUGAGAGGCGCCACUGCGGCACGUGAACGGAUCGUCGAUGCCGUCCAAGAGCACCAUGAGGCUCUCGGAAGAUACCUCGACGGUCAAGAUCCUGGUCCCAACUACUCAGACAUGUCCGACGUGUCUUCAGUAAUCGUUAAUCGCUAUAUUGAGUUUCGCAAAGGAGGUGCUGAUCCACGCACCUUUGCAACAGGCGAUGCUGCAAUCUUUUGGGCCAUGAAUGUCAAUGCCAACCAGGUCAUUUUCUGGCUAGUUUGGUACAUAUACUCAACACCGGGCCUUCUCUCCGAUAUCCGGCGAGAAGUGAGUCGUUAUGUCAAAUUCGUCCCUCCACCAUCCAACGGCCUUCCCAUCACCGAGGCACCCCGCCUAUCCAUCGACAUUGACAGCCUAUGGCAAAAAUGCCCACUCCUCAAAUCAGCCUUCUUCGAGACCAUGCGCAUUGAAGCCGCAGCCGUAAGCUACAAGCAGAUCGAAGCCGAUUUUGUCGUGUCCGAAAGCGAGGAAGAUGCGAGAAUUUUGGGAAAAGCGCACGCCGACAGUUACGUCCUAGGCAAGGACGAAUACCUCUGCAUUCCACACAAUGUCCACCAGAAUGACGGACGAUAUUGGCCUAACCCUGAGCGAUUCGAUCCACGACGGUUUUGGACAAAGACGGACCAAGAUGGCAAACCCGUCGCGGUCGAUAUGGAUGACGACUCUUAUUCCGCCAUCAGAGUCGACUAUGGCACGAUGAAGGUAUGGGGUGGCGGUAAGCAGUCAUGCAAAGGAAAGACCUUUGCCGAGCGAGAGGUCGUCCUUUUUGCUGCCGCUAUCGUCUCUCAGUGGGAUAUAACGCCUGUUGACAACGGCGGCAAAUGGGUGCAUCCUGGCCGCAUCGUCAGCGCGGGUACCGGUAGUCCGAAACAGGAGGUCAAGGUGCGCAUGUCGAGGAGAGAAGCGUGGUGAAGCAUAGAGACCUUUUUGCCUACAAGGGAUCAUGCUGUACCUUUCUGGAUAAAUAUAAUUGAGCGCUCUAAAAUACCUAGGUACAAUACUAU